AUGGGACCUUACCACUGGUCGGGAGUAGUUGGCGUUGCAAAAGUGACGAUCAAAUUGAGCGAUUCUUUAGGUACGUAUAGGAUAUCAGAUAACAUUGUGUCGUCUAAGACGGGGCUAGCAUGCAAAUAUACUGCUGGUUACUGUAUAGAUGCGUAUGAAGGUAUGAUCACCUGGGACAUAAUCACAGACGACAAGUGUUCUAUGAACUCCUAUCUCGUACUCUAUAGGGGUAGGGUCUCUAAAAUAAUAAUAAAAUCAACUUAUAAUAGCCAAGAUGCUUACACCAUGUACUCAGUGAAGGACGGAAAAUUCUUAGCGACACUAAUAGAAAGAGGAUCAAAGGUCAUAUGUGGUAUAACUGUAAUAGUUACAGAUCAUCCCAAACUCCUGAUACAGGAGGUUAAGAACGGUCUCUACUAUUUCAAACAAGAUACACUAACAGCUAAGAACAUGGACAUCUUUCUCUAUGUGAAUGCAAAGUUCACACACAUUGAGAAUCAUAUGAGGAGAGAAAUCAGUUCUAUGUAUGAAACCCUUGUGCAAGAACAGUGUAAGACAAGACGAUCUUUGCUCCAGACUCAAUUGUCCUUAGCCACUAUUGAUCCAGUUGAAUUCGCCUAUACGUACAAACAAGAACCUGGUUAUUCUGCGAUAGUUAUGGGUGAACAAGUGCACAUUGUCAAAUGUAGGGCAGUUUAUGUUACAUCUAGGAAGACAGAAGGAUGUUUUAACGAACUACCUAUCAAUUAUACCGGACAGCUCAUGUUCAUGGCGCCCAGGUCGCGAAUAAUACAGAGGACAGGUACUCCAGUAACAUGCUCAGUAUUAAUGCAACCGGCUUUCCAGCUGUCGAACUCUUGGUUCGUUUCACAGAAUGGGCUGACUAAGAAGUCUGAGCCAUCUCAACUAUCACCAGUUACUGAUACUAAAUGGGUUUAUACCGAUGCUGGUGAACUAGCAACACAAGGUAUUUAUUCCUAUAAAGACCUGGAUAUUUUACGCUCAUCUGGAACACGUCUUUCGCGCGCAGCUUAA